CCCAGCCGCCCAGCCCACCGCCGCCACCUGUCUGCCCCUUCAACACGACUCCUGCCGGCGCAUACAACAGCUCCUGCAGCGGCUGCACCCUGAGCAACAGCUGUGUGCUGACUUGCACCAGCUGCACACGGACUAGCGGGGCCACGGUGGCAACCAGCUUGAACCUCCAGAACUGUAACCCCGGCUGGGCGUUUACCAACAAUGACGGCCAGUUAGGAUGCUCGGCGUAUGGUUCAGACCUUGGUCCAGCCACGUGGAUUUACCAACAGGACGGCACCGCCGGACGCCAAGUGCAAGUGGACUUCCAGGUUUCUAAAACCCAACUCAUGAUCCCGAUUGCUCCGCAUGCUGAGGAUUGGACUCAGAUUUGGCACGUCAGACUGAUUGACCAAGCUAACGGACUCCAUGUAUUCCACCCAGCUGCCAACUCGACUUUAUGUUGGGACGUCGAUCAUGCUCUUCAGGACUCGGGGGCAAAGGUGCUUCUGUUCCCCUGCUUGGAGCCUGACGGCGUCAGUAUUGCUGCCAACCGCAAGUUUAGGAUUGUGCAGUCAUGUGUGCCCGGAGAGGUGCACAUCAUAGCGCUCCAUAGUGGAAAAUGCUUGGAUGCAAACCUUGUUACAAGCGACUUUGCGCAGCAUGUCUGUCAUUACGGAGCCAACCAACGCUUCAGAAUCCAAGGAUCAGCCCAGCCGGGUCCGGGAGUGGUUAACCCUACUUUUGCGACUGCAGCCGCAGUCCAAAAUUGCAGCAGCC